UGAUUGACAGGGCGUGUCCGGGAUUUGGAACACGAUGUAUCUGCUGGGGGCUGCAGCUGGGGGAGAUGCUGUGUAUCCGACAGAGGAGAAGUAGCGAGCUCAGCAGCAUCCAGGCCGAGAUAUUCCCUAUGGCACUCAGCAGUUAGAUGUAAUAUCUUCAAUUUAAAACCGAUUGCAGGCGAAUGUAUUUUUGGAAACACCGGCGCUGGCGGCAGCUUUCGGAGAAGGGGAUGUGGAGCUGAACUCUGCGCCUGGAAAGUGACAAGGUUUCAAUAAAUCGUCUAGAUCUUGCAACAGUCCCCAGUGUGACAAUGGCAACAGUGGUGAUGGAUCAGAUUGGCAGACUCUUCAUCAACAUCCAGCAGAUCCGUCAGAUCCCCAGCAUGGUGGAGCAGUCCAUCCCUAGUAUGCCGUGCCCCGUGAAGGAUUCUGAAGUGCCACAGAUAUUUCGGGAGCAGUAUAUCUACUCUGGCUACAGGCCUGUAAAACAGAGUUGGCGCUACUACUUCUUCACCUUGUUCCAGCGGCACAAUGAAUCUGUCAAUGUUUGGACCCACCUUAUUGCUGCGCUGGUCGUCCUCCUCAAAUUACAGAAGCUGUCCGAGACAGAGGAGUUUUUGUCUGAUCCCCAUGCGCUGCCACUAUUGAUCCUUCUCCUCUCUGCCUUCACAUACUUGACUUUCAGUUCCUUGGCCCAUCUCUUUCACUCAACCUCUGAAUUUGCCCACUAUUCCUUCUUCUUCUUGGACUAUGUUGGCGUGGCCAUCUAUCAAUAUGGUAGUGCAUUGGUCCAUUACUACUACUCUGUUGAAGAGGAGUGGUACCACAUUAUUAAGCCUUUCUACCUCCCAAUGGCUACCAUUUUGGCUUGGCUGUCCUGUGUGGGAUGCUGCUACUCAAAAUCCAAUGCUAAGGUGCUGUGCCCUUGGACACGCAAACUCUACCAAGUAGUGCCAGCAGGGCUGGCCUACAUAUUAGACAUUAGCCCUAUAGUGCACCGAAUAAAUAAUUGCUAUUCCUCUGGUUGCACCGAUGACACCAUUUGGUACCAUUCAGGCCAGAUCAUCUUCUUCCUCAUUAGUGCUCAUUUCUUCUCUUGCCCUCACCCAGAGAAGUGGUUCCCGGGGAAGUGUGACAUUUUCCUGCAGGGGCAUCAGAUUUUCCACGUGUUCAUUGUCCUGUGUACCCUGGCCCAACUGGAAGCUGUCCAUUUGGAUUAUAAAAACAGACAGCACUUCUAUCAGAUUUGGCACAGAGAUUCCACAUGGUCUGUGAUCACCAGUUUUGUACUCCUUAUCUCCUUCAGCAUUGCCACAAUGCUUUACAUGAGGCACCUCAUUAAAAUCAAACUGAGCCACAAGGAGAAAUGAAGAUUGUCACUUCCCGAUUUAUUAUCUUCAACAUUUAGGACAUUUUCAACUUUGUGUGUGGUUGAAGGGAGAAGAGGGAAGGGUGGCUCUAUCCGUUGGGUGGUGGAAUGGGGAUUUUUAUUCUUGGCUUGAACUUGACCUCAAUUUGUUUUGCAGUGAGACAAAAUAACAUGUUCCAAAGUUGCUAUUACAUAAACAAAAUUGUCAUGUUAGUGAAGCUCUGUUGCUGAACAUUCAGCUUCAGAUGUGAACUCAGUGCUGGUUCAAACCACAUGUUCUGUUAUAAUUGAUUUGUUCAACAAGUGUUGCUGUGUCAAGUUCAGACAACGAGUGACUUUUGGCCUUGUGUUAUUCAAUAUGGCGUGCCUAACUAUGCCUGAAUAUCAAAAGUGGGUCUGAAUUUAAUUAUUUAACCGAGCAACAAUUCCUUGGCCUGUUCACUUAACUUGUCCAACUUUACUCAACUCCGGAUGCUGGAAAUCUAAAAUAGUUCUGGAGAAACUCUGCAGGUCUGGCAGCAUCCAUAGGGAGAAAGCAGAGUCAACUUUUUGAAUCCUGUGAUCCAUCUUCAAAACUUGUUCUUCAGGAAGAAGGGUCAUUGAAAUCUGAAACAUUCAUUCUUGUUUUCUCUCUACCGACCCUGUGAGACCUGCUGUGUUUCUCCAGCAUUUUAUUAAUUUCCGUGCUUUCUUUAGGUCAUAUUCAAUAUUUCCAACUAUCCAGAGUUAUACUCAAACUGAAUAAUUUGGCUGAUUGACUGAUGAAAUGCUUUAAUGUGUACCAAAGCGAACAUUUCAGAUUGGUCAAGAAGUUUGCACAUUGUCGUGUCAUGCUGAUCCGUGAGUGAUAAUUAGUGGUCACCUCCCAAUGGUACCUUUUUAAUGGUAGAAAUGAAAUAACAUUGGCAAAGCAUCCCUGCCAGAAUCAGUGCAGCUCCUUUUCUGCUUCUCAACCAUUUGGAUGUUUCAAUUCCAUACCAGUGCGUCCCAUUCAACUCCUGAUUAGCUGACUUGGAGAUUUUUUCAGUGACAUUGUCCACUACAUUUGAUAUCAUUGCAAGCUCAGUUGGUGUAAUGUCAGUAGAGGUAGAAAGGAGAUUUCCUGAUAAACUCCAUUAGAUUUUCUACACGAUUAGAAAAUCUUUCAAAAGUCGGUGUACAGUUUGCUAAGUGCUGUUUUCUACCAUUUAAUGCCAGAUAUCUUCGACAAAUUGUGUUGUUUGUUUGCAAUGCUUUACUAUUUGAGGCACCUUAGGACAAAAGAUUAAAUAUACUUGCAUUUGUGUAGAGUCUGUCAUGAUCGCAUGAUGUCCCUCUGUAUCCAAUUUGAAAUUCUUUUAAUGAACUGUUGUUGCUCUGAUAAAUUAGCAAACGUGUAUCUAACUUGGAUAAAGCACAAACAAAUUAGAUGAUAACAAUUAGGGACGUUGGUUGAAACAUACAGUAUUGGCCAAGAUACUGGAGAAAACUCCCUUCUCUACUUUGAAAUAAUGAAAUGGAUUGAUUAUGCCCUCCUGAGACAGUAGGAAAGGUCUCAGUUUAACAAUGAAAUGAUCUCUUCAUUUCAACAUACCAUGAAUCCAGAAUUGAGAGUAUUAGCAUACAUUUGGAGUAGGAUUUGAUCCCAUGGUCUCUUGAUUUGAGGAAAAAGUAUUACUUACUAAGCCUUGGAUGAUCAGGGUGCAGGUUUAAGAUCUAACAGUAUUGCAGUAAGAAAUUGUCACACGUACCAAAUAAAUUAUGCUGCUUAUUGCACAAAUAGUGAAAGCUAGUUAAUUUGUGGUUCAGAAGUGUAGAUUUGAUUCCCAUUCCAGCUGAAGUAGAUAUAUGACCUUCCUGCUCAUCUCACCACUAAGGGUGGAAAGCAAUGCCAAGACAUUCUUGAGAAAAAAUGCCAAGGAAACAUCUCCAUGAUGAAGCAACAUCAGAUAAUGGGCUACAGACCUGCCUUUGGUCAGAGCACACAUGAAUGAACAUAGGAGACCUCCAGUUGGUGAAUGAAGUCUAUUGCAAAUGGACCCGUUCUUAAUUGGAUAUGAACGGUGUUGAGUAUCUGUGAAUGUUCCAAGAGAAAUUAAUCCAUUUGGUGCUGUCUUCCGUGAGCUAAGUGCUGACUUAAGUAGAGAUGCUGCCUCUUGUUCCUCAUUCCUUAAUGCAUCAUUUUGUUGAUGCCCUAUUCCUUUGUUGGAAAGUAAAGUGAAUUGUGGGCUUUGGCUCUUUCUCUAAUAGUCACUUUCAGGAGUGGCAAGGGAACAAAUGGAGAGUACAUUGAUGACGUAAACAUUUUUCAGCCUCUCCACUCGUACUUACCCUAAAAUAAAAGUUUAUUUAAGCCCAUUUUUCUGGCCAUAGGUAUUUUGUAAAGUUCUAUUGCAAGUCAGUGAAUCAUCCCCUCUGUAAAAUACUUGUUUGUCACUGAAAUAUUUUGGGGGAAAAGAUGAACUUAUUCCUGUAAUUUUCUGACCCAAUGAUCACCAGGCUAGUGAUGAUGGGGCUGAGCAGCUGCUAACCUAAUGAAAUGCUCAACAUUAACAUCAGUUGCGCUUUUAAUGGAUGUAAGGACCUAUUUAGACCGCAUUACCAAAGUGAAUACCUGGUCAGCUAUCUGUUAGAAUCCGUAUUGCAGGUACUGUGUAAUUCUUAGUAGGGCUGUAGCAGAUUGGCAAGAAUUGACCUGCAUAUUUGGAUUUAACCCGGUCCCUAUUCAAAAUGCAUUUUUUUUAAAAAGGAAAGCCACACAAAAGCCUUUUAUUUUCUGUUGAUUCUGACCUAGCUUUGCUAAAGGCAGGGUUUAUGAGUAGUUGGCAAAUCUCGAGAAACUUUCUCCAACAAUUGAUCUUUAAAAGAGCGGAGGCUGUGAAUACAGGUUGUCAUGGAGAGCAGUUGAGAAUUGGCCCUGAGGGGAUAGGCCAUCUUCAAAGCCUCCAUCUUCAACAGUAACCAGAUCCUGUGAAAUGGUGUAAACUUGUAUAUCCCUUUCCCCAGCUGCUGGUGCUGCUAAUGGCUGUCAGCCAAAAUGGACUGAGCCAGCAUUCUGCAUCAUUCUGAUGUGCUGCACCAGUUCUGAUGAACACAGAUGAGGGAGAAUGACAUUGGAAGAAUAAUGAGAUAAAUAUGUAUGACAGCAAGGAUGGAACUUUGGUUGAAUAUGUUCUGACCAGGUGAGGAGGGCUGACACCACUAUCUUUUCAACUUCAUGAGUUGGUUGUAAUAAACAUUUAAUUUCUUUUUAACACGUA